AUGAGCCAUUUACAGAAUAUUAUCGCUUUCGGGUUGCUGAGUACUACCGUUCUGAUCGUAUGUAGGGUACUAUACAACCUUUACUUACAUCCUCUCCGGAAUUAUCCGGGACCGAAAUCUUGGGCAGCCACGCGCCUGACGUGGGCGCGUUCCAUGCAAUCUGGUCUUUACCACCUCAAACUGCACGAGUUCCAUGAGCGAUAUGGUCCAGUCGUUCGUGUUGCGCCGGACGAGCUGUCUUAUGUUACUGCUGAAGCCUGGAGAGACAUCUAUGGCAAUCGCAAAAUCGUGAAAAAUCGAGUUUGGGCCGGCCAGGAGGAAGAACAUCACCCAAUUAGUAUCGUAAGUACGGACGAAGCGACGCAUUUGCGAAACCGUAGAGCAUUGACUGGUGCAUUCACCGAACAUGCGAUCGUGGAACAUGCGCCCGUUUUCGAAGGUCUCAUUGGUCUUAUGAUACAAAAGUUGAAAGACGCCAGCAUACAAGGCCAAGGAAACGCCGUUACUGAUCUUACGAAUUGGAUGAACUGGUUGACAUUCGACAUAUCUGGCGCUCUUUCCUUUGGCGAGCCCUUUGGUAGCGUUGCAGAAGGCCGCGCACAUCCUUGGGUAGAGAUUAGUUGCAGCUUCGGAAAGGGUAUCGCUCUCUUAGCUUCGAUCAAUUUUUUUCGUCCCUUGAACAAGUUGAUGAAACUUGGGAUGCCGAAAAAGAUCAUUGCAAGGAUGGAUUAUCACAGAAACCUCGUGCAUGAGAAGUUCAUGCAACGCCUUACUAUGGAAAACAAGAUGAAGGCACAAGACUACGUUGGCUCUAUCAUGGCUUACAAUGAAGAGAAGGGCGAGGUCAAGAUUCCGAAAGAGGAGAUCGAGGCGAACAUGACUGUGCUCAUAUUCGCUGGCAGCGAAACUACAAGUACAGCCAUGACAGCGAUACUCACGCAGCUUUUACAGAGCCCGAGUGCUUUGAAGACACUAGAGUUGGAGAUACGCUCAGCAUACGAGACCGAAGACGAGAUCACGAUUGCUAGCGUGGCAAAGCUUGAGUACCUCACAGCGAUCAUACAGGAAGGGAUUCGAAUGGGACCGCCAACAGCCGUCGGUUUGCCACGCGUCACACCCAACGAAGGUGCACGUAUCUGCGGUCAACUUGUACCAGGCAACACUUUUGUGUCCGUAAAUCAAUACCCGACGUUUCGCUCAACACUGAACUUUACAAACCCAGAUACGUUCAUCCCUGAACGAUUCUUACCGGACUCGCCGCUUGCGUCUGAUCGCUUAGACGCAUUCGAGCCGUUUCUGCUUGGGCGACAUAAGUGCAGUGGACAAAAGUUGGCUUGGACCAUCAUGCGGUUGACGCUCGCGCGGCUCAUCUUCACAUUCGACUUACAGGCUAUGGAGGAACUUCGCGACUUUGGUGAACAAAAGACCUAUAUUUUCUGGGAGAAGCGACCGUUAAAGGUAUUAGUGAGGCUUAGAGAUGGGCAAUAG